UAUCGUUACAAUCGAUUUCCCAUGAGGAACAUGCGGGCUCCAGGAGAGUGAGAGUAAUCACAUAUCCAGCGUGGCUACCAUGUUGCCCCGAGGACCAUCCAAGGUAGAAACAUCAGACCCACAAUGUAGCAAUCGCGAGCAGCUUCUCUUCUCGGGGUAGCUACGGCCUCAUCAUGCCGCGUACCUCAGAUGGUAACUUCGAGCACCUCGCCACCUCCAGUUCGCAGUGCACAGCAUCUGUCGUUACCACUUCCAUCGCUAUUCAAUCCACCUCUUUAUUUCGGCAUGGAGACCUCCGCCAUCAGAUCAGCGGUGUUACAGCCUUUCAGUACAGAUCAGCUGCCUGAACCAGAAAGCGAUUCUCCGCUAUUCCUACCCGCCGACGCGCGACGACGCUGGUACCUCGGCUACUUGGAGCACUGGAAAGACCUCCAGCACCGUACAACAAGAUUCUGGGAGAGCGAAGGCGUCAAAAAAGCGUUCGAUGAGCUGAAGGAUCACAAACUGGACGAACCGCGAGGCAUACGCGCCGCCAGCGAAGACGAUGAAGGUCCAACGCAGUUCGAGAACAUGUCCCGGCGUGAGGUUCUCCAAGUCGUGGAGGCAGUCUUCAGCAAAUUACUCGCCACAGAGACGGGGAAGAAGGUAGAGGGAGACAACCCAAUAGAACACAUCUUCACUUCGCGAGGCCGAUGCCAACCGCACAGCUAAACCAAGAUUCUGGAUUGACGCGAAGCCUGGAGGUCAUGUGUAAUGUGAAACUAGAGAAAUGUUGAUUUAGCGAUCUUACACAUUCAUCAUGCGAAGCGAAGCCGAGUCUUUUUCUUGCCAA